AUGAGCAGUUCGAAUGCGGGCGGUUGUGGACGUGAACUCUGCGGAUGCGAGUGGUUGCGGACGUUAACUCUGCGGAUGCGGGAGACGAGAGAUCAAAUUGAUGCAAAACUUAAACAACAAUCAGUAGAAAUAAAACAGACAAGUGAUUUAAUUGAUGCAAAAAUUGAACGGAUGAGUGGUCAAAUUAAUGCCAAAAUCGAACAGCAGUCUGGGCUCGAACAGAAGUUAUCUUGCAAAGUGGAUAAAUUUAAACAAGAACUGGAAGAAACUAAGUGGUGGCGAUACGAGAUCCUGGUUAAUGCGUUAAAUUUACGUUACGGUGAAGAGCACAUGAAGCAAAUAUAUCGGUCCGAGUUACAAAACCGGAUGCAGCAACAUGGAGAGUCAAUACAGCUGCUGGCACAGGAUAUUGAACAAUUGACUCUGCUAUCAUAUCCUACGUACGACCCACAACACAGAAAAGAAACUGCAUUGGAAACUUUUGUAAAGGCUGUUCGAGAUUUAGAUCUUAGACAGACCCUUAUACUAGUCGAUAAACGCAACUUCAAAGACGCCGUUGCCUACAGUUUACAGUCAGCAAAGCAAGCUUUAAAGACUGACGUAAAACUGCGCCAAAUUUGUGAAGAAUGUUCGUGUCAAAAGUUGAUUCUAGAACAGAAGGGUCAGGAUUAUGGUGCGCCAAAAUGCUGGAAUUGUGAAGAAAAAGGACAUCUACGACCAGAUUGUAAACAACGCCCUAGAAACAAUUACUGUCGUCAUUGUGCAGCAACUUAG